AGCGCGGGCCCCAGCAGUCUCGGCAGCCACAGCCGCUGCGGCCCGGACAGCCUCCGCCGCGGUCGCCGCUUCUGAUGCGCCUGCCCGCUCCCGGCCCCGCGGCUCCGGGAGGAUGUGGGUCCUCGGCAUCGCGACAACUUUUUGCGGACUGUUCUUGCUUCAAGGCUUUGCGUUGCAAAUCCAGUGCUACCAGUGUGAAGAAUUCCAACUAAAUAACGACUGCUCCUCCCCCGAGUUCAUCGUGAAUUGCACGGUGAACGUUCAAGACAUGUGUCAGAAAGAAGUGAUGGAGCAAAGCGCAGGAAUCAUGUACCGCAAGUCGUGCGCAUCCUCGGCCGCCUGCCUCAUCGCCUCGGCUGGGUACCAAUCCUUCUGCUCCCCAGGGAAAGUGAAUUCCGUGUGCAUCAGCUGCUGCAACACCCCUCUUUGCAACGGGCCCCGGCCCAAGAAAAGGAGCAGUUCUGCCCCAGCCCUUCGGCCGGGGCUCCCCGGCACCCUCGUGCUCCUCCAAUUAGGCCUUUUCUUGGCACACUGCUGAAGCUGAAGGAGAUACCAGCCCCCUCCUGCAUCGUUCUUUGGGCCCACCUUCCCCCAGCCCCCUGAGAUUUGUCUGGGUGUCCUUUGAUGCUGGGUGGCGAGAGGAAUCCGUGUUCUCUUUCUUUCAGUUCCUUGGCAAACAAUGGAAGAGCUCAGUGUAAAAACAAAACUUUGUGAGCUCCGGACGCAUUCAGUUUGACUGAAUUUUCAGUGUGUCCUUAAUGGAAGGAAGGAGGAGGAAUGGAUACAGAUGGGCCAACUCUCAGCGUUGAGGCCCGGUUGGCGGCAGCAUUCGCCCUCAAGUGACACUUGUAAGCGGCCAUCUGCUUUCUUCCCAGGCCCGUCUUCCACCCCGUCCCUGAUGAUGGGCGCACAGUUAGUUUGUUUUGGCACCGCUGCAUGCAGGUAACCGUCGCUUUCGUGUGGGGAGGGCCCGUGGGCGCUCCAGCUUCCCUUCCUUCCUUGACAGACAGUCACACUUCAUGCUCCUGGAAGCCAUUUUCGGUGGCAGGGUUGGCAGGUUUCACCUCCGAGCUGGGAUCCGGUGACUCGCGACUCAGCUGCUGAGGCUUAGGUUCGGGCUUGGCCUCGCUCUGAAAAGUGCUUAGGAAAACCUUGUUAGUUCUCCUUGCAGAGGAACUGGGCUGGGAAGCCAGGAAGAUGAGCGGGCGGCGCGCGGAGCGGGCACCAUCCGCGGCGGAGGCCACGUGGGCGCGCAGGCGCUUCUCC